UUAUCUGAUAAACUGGCUAAAUCGUUGAUUAGAUCACCAACUAAUGGAAAUUGGACAACUGAUGAAAUGUGCAAACAAAACGUUCAACUAGUGACUUGUAAAAAAGGGAUGUGCAAUUUUUUCGUCCAAAAACUUCACUCAGCCACCGUUCUCACUUUCUCAGACACCACGGGGCAUCAAUCCAACUACUGCAGCUAGCAGGGGGGACGGGGAAACAAUAACGGCGCCGGCAUGGCCGCGACCGCAGAGGCAGUCCCCGACGAGGUCAGAAGGCGGUGGUGGGAGGCCUUCAGCCACGGAUUCGCCGUCGACCAAGGGGAGUACGAGGAGCCGGAGGUGGACGUGGACGCCGGCUCCGAUUUCGAGAGGGUGGCGGGGAACGCCCAUACGCGCGUCGACGAGCAGAGCAUCCCCGCCGCCGCCGCCGCCCGGCACUGCGAGGGUGAGGAGGAGCUCCCUGGGGAUGGCUAUGUUCAGCUUCAAGGCAAUCUGCUGGCUGGAACGAAGAGGAAAGCGGCCGCGACACAUGCUGAGCCGCGGACUACCAAAGCGGCCAUCCAGGACGAAAAAGGUGUGUCCACUGCUGAGGAUAGCUAUGCUAAGAUCCUAGGUGGGCUGCUGCAAGGAAGGAUGAUGGAAUCACCUGCACCACCUGAAAAACAACUGCAGCCGACAACUGAAACUGAGAUCCAUGACAAAAAAUGCUCAAGUUAUAAAAAGGGUCAUCAGUUGGCGGCGGCGGAGGAGAAUUCGGGCGUCUCGGUUAGCGAGAGCGACAGCAAGAUGAAGGCGGCUUCCCAAGCGCCCGUCGAGGAGCCGAGCAGCGGCGGCGCCGCCAACCGUCAUUCUGAUGAUGCAGAGGAAUAUGUUCCUGAUCAUUACUAUGUUCAGCUUCAAGGUGGUUUACUUGGGAGGAAGUGGAACGCAAUUGCGACACAUGUUGAACCACAGACUACCGGAAAAAAGAUCCAAGACGAACAAGAUGGAGCGGUUUCUGGGGAUUGCUAUGUUCGGCUUCAAGGUGGAUUGCUCGGGAGGAAGAGGAAAGCAAGUGCGACAGAUUCUGAAUCGCAGAUUACCAGAACAGAUAUCCAGGACAAACAAGGACAAGGGGAGCACAUUACUGAUGAAGUUGGGCUGCAAGGAAGGAAGAGGGGAGCAACUGUGGCACCCGUGAAAGUGCAGAGGACAGUUGGACAUGACAAAGGUGCUCAAGGUGAGUCUCUGAGAGCCGAGAACGAGAUGCUGAGGCAGCAGCUCGUGCGCAAGACGAAAGAGCUCGAGGCUGAGCAGAUUCGGAGACUCGAACUUGAGUUGGAUAAGGAUAAGGAGAUUGAUUCCCUGGAGAAGCAGAAUGAAGAACUUAGAGCUGAGAACGAGUGCUACAGGAAGACUGCAAAGCCACCGGGAAACGCAAGGCUGUUCUGUGACGAAUCUGUACUCGGGCACUGCCCCGAGAGACGUGCUUUUGUUUCUUCUGAACAAGGAUAUGACGGUUCCCACUAACGCUUGUGGAGUUAUGCCGCUGCUGUCUGGAUCCAAGAAGCUGAUAUGCCUUUUAUUACUUCACUCUUUAGGCUAUACCAGCCGUAAUGCCAGUUAAUAGUUAGUUUCCUAGGAAUGGAUUUGCUGCAGAACAUGAAGAUGUCUGCACUGUACUCCUCUGAUGGCUAUGUGAACUUGAAGGUGUUAUCUGACUAGUGCUGAAUAUUGUGGGCAACGACUGACGAGUAAGGAAUGUAUAUGGGGAUCCAUUGAAUUUUUUUGUCAACAAGAUGGAAUUGAUUGGACUGGUCGUGAUUAA